AUGCUUGUCGUGAUCUCCGGCGCGGUUGACGUGGCGGAGGCGAGAGUGAACCGCAAAGAAGUGCUACAAGCCAUCAAAAUCCUUCGACGCUCGCCACGUCUUCCGAAAGCGCUUGCGGCAUCUACGGCCCUCGAGGACCUCUUUCGCGCCGCCAUGGGGAGCUCCAGCGGUCCGAUGACACUCCUCGUGCCCGCGGAUAUGGGUUACGUGCAGUCGCGGCUCAACAACCAGGUCUUCACGCUCAAGCAGAUGAACACCAUUCGCAAGUACCACGUCGUCAGCGGACUCGUCAGAGUCGCCGACAUCCAGGCCCUGCCACGUGGCAGCACGCUCGCGACCAACGAGGGGUCCGCGAUUAAGAAGAUCACGCCGCCGUCGCUGCCUGUGGUGUUGCUGAAGGGCCGCGACGCGCUGCCGUCGAUGGUGGUGGGAGGCGACGUGUAUGUGGGGAAGACGCUUGCAGUGCAUAUCGUAUCCACCAUGCUCAUCCCCGCCGACGUCUAG